UGCUGAGCCAUUGGUAGUACAAACUCCGUGGGUAGUACCUACAAUACUUGAAAUAAGUUGUUUUUAAUUUAAGCGCCAAUCACGUACUUUGUUUGACUACUGUUGAAUUUUAAAAGUUAUUAUUAUUUAUAUAGUUCUAAAUAUCAUCUCUCUUUAAGGAAUAUAAUAUUUAUCAAAUAAAAAUGUUAACAACACCAAAAAAUAAAGGAGAACUUUUUUUGGCUUCUUCGCUUUGCGAUGGUCUAGAGGAUACAAAUAUAAAACAAGUGACAACUCUUAUUUUAAAUAAAGAGGCAGAUCCUAAUGUUUUAAUUCCGACACAUGGCAUUACUCCUUUUCAUUUAGUAAUCGGUAAUGAUUCCGAAAUUUUUGCAGAAGAAGUAACGAAAUUAUUUUUACGACAUGGUGGAAAUCCUAAUGUUAAAUCUGUCGAUGGAUUAACACCUGUCCAUGUUGCUGCUGCUUGGGGUAGAAUUCGCAUUUUAGAGUUACUUUUAGCAAAUGGAGGUGAUCCUUUGCUAUUAGACGAUGAAGGUCGAAGUCCAUUUCAUUAUGCAUUUGAUGGAAAGUAUUAUAAAAUUAUUACGCUUCUUGGAAACUAUUGCGGCUAUAGUGUAGGCGAAGAUGACAAACCAAAAUAUAAAAUGUCAUUGGAUAAAAUUGUCUUAAAUAACGGUAACACUAUAGCUGAAUACAUUAUACCAAAAAAUGUAUCGCCAAAUAAGAAUUAUAAUAAUAACUCAAGUAAAAUGAUUUUAAGAUACUGUAACGAAGAAACAUCUAGUGGUAUAUGUGACUCCUAUAUGAUUUCGACCAUAUCGUCUUUGGCAUCUAAACAAGAUUUAAAGGAAAGUGAUUUAAAAAUUAAAUUUGAAAAACUCAACAUUAAUGAAAAUGUUAAAAAGGAAAAAUUUCUGAUUAGCGAAAUUAUUAAUUCUCUCUCUUCGACACUUACAAGCGAUUCAACUGUUAGCGAAGCAACCUUUGCUCAUGUGAAACAUGAAAAACGAAACAUUCCUAAAAAAAGUUGUAUUUUACCAUUAUUAUCUUCAAGUCAAAAGACUAGCUCUAAUCUUAAUUCUAUAAAACCAAAGAAAAAAUAUUUCUCAUCAAAAUUUAAACAAAAAAAUAUUCUAGACAAUUCAAUCAUAACUACUUCGCCGAAUUUUUAUACUCCGAUAAAUACGAAAAAGAAACAAAAUAUAAUAAAAACAUCGAAUGUUAAAAGCUGUUCUCCGUUGAAUAAUCUUAAAAACAAACACGCUAAAUCUAUCGUUACCCCAUGUUCAAGUAAAUAUUAUAAAUCACCAGCUCCUAACGAAUAUAAUCAGCAAAAAAAAGAAAUGAUUCAAUCUACGCCAAGGAGAAAGCAAAGGCGUGAACAAAUUUCUUAUAAGGAUAUAAAAAAAUAUAUAGGAAAUAGAAAUAUAAAAAACAAUUUUGCAUUGGAAGAUUCAAAUGAAACAUAUAAUCGAUUUUCAAGCAAUACUUCAACAUUAUCAUUAUCGCCAGAUGAUUCAUGUUAUCCUGAAUCAAGAAAUAAUGAAACGUAUGUUGAUAAACGACUAGCUGUGAAAUUACAUGAAAGCAAAUAUGACGAAAAUAUUAUUUUAUCUUAUGACGACACUUCUCCUAAUUUAACUGAAUCUGAUGAUCCAGCAAUAUCUUUAACAAAUUUAGAAAACAUAAAUAAUAUUAACAAUAAUAAUAAACAUGAGCAUAAUAAUGAUCUCUAUGAGAUAUGUAGCGAAGAACAAUCAUUAGUUAAAUUAACGAAAUUAAAAAAAACAAUGACAUCUCAUUGUGUUCCUAAAAUUGACAAAUAUAUGAAAAUAACAGUAAAUGUUGACGAAGAAAAUUUAUUAAAUAAUACAGAAAUAAGUGAUUUACAAAAUAAUCAAGUAGACGCAUCUAAUGCAUCAGAACGAAAUGUUUCAGUAUCAAGAUCUUCUAUUUCAUACGUAAGUGUGCAGGAAGAAUAUAAAUAUGAAGAUCGAGAAGAAGGAGUAAUUUUAGUAGAACGACGAAAAUGUAUUACUCCUGCUAGCAUUCAAGAAGAUAGCGAGAAAAACGAGUCUAGUUUCAGCCAGAAUAAAACAAAUUCCUCUGGACAAUCUAAUUUUCCAUCCGAAUUACUUAUGAUUGAUAAUUAUACUCUUAGACAAAAGUUGACUAAGUUAGGUGAUAAGCCUGGACCAAUUACUAGUACGACAAGACAUUUAUAUUUAAAACGUCUUGUUAACAUACAAAAUAAACAAUUAAGUACAAAUUUGUCUUCUUUAAGAAAUAUAUCUGAUCAGUCAAAUCAAAUGAAACCGUGGUUAACAUUUGGAGAAUGGAUAAAUGAUUUGAAUUUAUAUGGGACAAUUGAAAACGAUGUAUUUAAAGAAUUCGUUUCACCAGAUCCAUCUCGUAGAUGGCGUGAAGGAACAGCUAAAACAUCUUUUAAUUAUCUUUUAUUGGAUCCACGCGUAACUCAAGACUUACCACAUCGUGCGUUGCAACUUACUCAAUCAGAGGUUUGGAUGACUUUUCUUUCUUCUAUAUUUUAUGUUGGAAAAGGUAAACGAUCUAGACCUUAUGCUCAUCUUUAUGACGCUUUUAACAUGUGGGUUUCAAAAGAACAAUAUUUAUUAAAUACAAAAAUUAAACAUAUAUUAGAUAUAUGGAACGAUGGCUAUGGUGUUAUAUGUUUGCAUGUAUUUCAAAAUACUAUUCCAGUAGAAGCAUAUACGCGAGAAGCAAUAAUGAUAGACACGUUAGGCAUUGAACAUUUAACUAAUUGUAAAAGUGGUGAAUAUUAUGGUAUUAUAUCUACGUGGAGUCAAAGAGAUAAAUGUAGAUUUGGAAGAUAUUUGUUAUAUAAAGCAUUACAAAUUUUAUUGCACGAAGGUGAAAGGCAACUCUUUCCUGAAAAUUUGUAAACGACAAAAUAGGAGAACAAAAUAUGUAAAUACUUAGACAAAAUUAUUUAUUAGAAGUGUAUCGAGAAGUUAUAAUAACUGUAAAUAAUUUAUCCACUUAUAAGACUGUGUACAAAUGACUGAUAGUUUUCAGAGAGUUUGAACAUAUUAAUGUUAUUAUAAAAGAUAAUGUGCAAUAUUCAAAAUAAAAAAAAAUACAUUUAAAGGCAA